GCUGGCAAUGGACAUUGGAGACGCGGUUGGAGUCCACGUCACCGAUCGCCAGUGCAGCCACCAGGCAGUCUUGGAGAGGACGGUCACAUCACCCCGCCUCCUCGUGUAGUAUCUUCGACUAAUUCAUUCAUUUCUUCCUCACGCUUGACAGACUUUCCCGCUGCCCAGCCGAGAUCAUGUAUUGCAUCAUGCGACGUAUAUAAGCAGGUCCCCACGCGCUCGGAACGUUGUCUCUCCGACCACCUCACCGUCCACGAACCUACUGACACUUUCCUACGUUCCUACGGAUCAAUCCGUUCUCCACGAUAGUCGACAUGCUCUUCACUCAGUCUUUGCUAUAUCUCAUCGCUCUUGCUCUAGUAAGUAGCGUAGGUCAUGCUGUGCCUCAAGCAGAGAGCAGCAGUACCGUGCCCAGCAGCAGUGACGUCUCACCUUCGCUGUCUGUCACACCCUCCAACCCACUCAGUGGUCUACCGACGUUCAGCCUGAGCACCAGCCUUAUUCCAACUGCUAGUCUGUCAUCGACGACGGAGAGUACGGAGUCAUUCCCAAGCAGCUCGAGCUCGGACUUCUCCACGUCGGUGUCUACGGUCCCAGCCUCCUCCUCCACAUUCAGCGGGACGUCUGGCGAGACCACCCGCUCGGGCUCGGGAUCCGUAGUCAGCGUGACAUCCACCUCCACAUCGACGUCGACGUCGACGCCGCAUUCUUCUAGCUCCUCGACUCGUUCCACGUCGGCCGCUCCUACUACGUCCAGCGGUGCGGCGAUGGGGUUGCAGGCAGAGCUGUGGAAAAUGGCGCUUGGCGUCGGCGCUGGUGCACUUGCACUCUUCAUUUGAAUGUGAAGCUCGGGGGGAAGAUAGCUGGGAGAAUUGUGUGCGGUGGCGCGAAUGGACAGAACAUCGGAUUGCAGUAUGUAUCACUGUAAUAUGUGCUGCUGUAAUGGAUUGGAUCCUUGAACUCGUUUGGUUUUGAUC